AUGGGUGGGAAUGCGAGUAAAGUCACGGCCCAGGACAAGGCGAUCCUGGAUAUGAAAAACCAACGCGAUAGACUCCAUCAGUACCAGCGAAAGAUAACAGUCUUGACGGACAAGGAGACCGAUAUCGCAAGGCAAAUGCUGGCAAAGGGCGACAAGAAGCGCGCUCUGCUGGCACUGCGGCGCAAGAAGUAUCAAGAAUCGCUAUUGACCAAGACGGAUGCGCAACUGGCCCAACUCGAGAAGUUGACAUCGGACGUCGAGUUUGCGCUUAUACAGAAGGAUGUCGUGUUUGGGUUGCAGCAGGGUACAAAGGUUCUCAAGGAGAUCCAUACCGAGAUGGGUGGUAUAGAAAAUGUAGAGAAGUUGAUGGGUGAAACGGCAGAUGCUAUCGCAUAUCAACAGGAAGUUAGCGAUUUGCUUGGAGGGCGUAUGACGAACCAGGACGAGCAAGAGGUGGAAGACGAGCUGGAAGCUCUCGAAGCCGAACUCGCAGGCCCGGUGCCUGCAGAACGGCUACCCGAUGUCCCCAUCAACGAACUCCCAGAGUCGCAAAAGGUCGAGGCACAGGCCGAAAGGGCAAAGCAGCCAGCUAUGCUCGCAGCAUGA